CCCCUGUUGCCACUCACAAGAAGGUGUGACCCUGGGCAAAAUUCUCCCAAACAAUUGCAGUUCUCAAGAGACUCUGUAUUCUGCACCAAAGCUGAGUUUUCUUUGUAUAUUCCUAGGCCAGAAGUAAAUUAUGUUUUAACAUGAGUCAGUAUUGCUAAUAGUACAAAGUCUACACCUAGCUGGAGAUUAAACCUUAUCCUGGUAAUUGCCUGCCUGCCUACCACUGAUGUCUGGAAACAUUACAAGGACAGCUGGCAGGCAUUGGGUUGUCAUCUCCAGUUUACUACAUCAUCACUGACUGCUCACUGAGACCAUUGCUUGUCACUCAGAUGGAGUGUGUCUUAACACAAUUAUGUCUGCUCACUGGAGAGCAGUGUCUUUCUGCCUCACACACAGUGUAGCCAUAGGAAAAUGCCUCUCAGAAAUUCUUAUUUAUUUUAGGUUUUUCAAGACAAGGUUUUCUGUGUGUAAUGGUCCAAGCUGGAACUCGAUUUGUAGACCAGGCUGGCCUUAAACUAACAGUGAUUUCCCUGCCUCUGCCUCUUUGAGUGCUGGGAUUUAAAGCAUGCACCACUACCACCCAGCAGAAAUUUUUUGAAACAUCAAUAUAAGGAUUGCUUUUUUUUUUUAAGAUUAUUUAUUUAUUAUGUACACAACAUUCUGCUUCCAUGUAUAUGUGCACACCAGAAGAGGGCACCAGAUCUCAUAACGGAUGGUUGUGAGCCACCAUGUAGUUGCUGGGAAUUGAACUCAGGACCUCAGGAAGAGCAGUCAGUGCUCUUAACCUCUGAGCCAUCUCUCCAGCACCAUCUGAUAGGAGCUAAGCAUCACUGGAUGAGGGUAGGCAUCGUCAAUUGAUUAAUCUCUGAUAUCUAAGAUGGUUUUAUAUAAUUUUUUUUGGUGGUGGCAGUUGUUUUGUUUUGUUUUGUUUUGUUUUGUGGGAAGGUCUUGGUUAGUAUCCCUGUCUGGCUCACAAGUUAUGCAGAGACCACGCUGGCAUUAAACUUGUGAUCUUCCUGUCUCUGCCUCCUAAGUGUUGAGAUUAUAGGAGUGCACCACCUCUCUGAAACAAACAGGGCACUUCUCCAUUUUCAACUGUUACAUGUAGUUAUACCUUAGAAUUUAAAAUUAUUUUCAUGCCAUGUAGAAGAUGUAGAGUUUUAUUUGAAUCUUAGAAUAUGUGGGAGAAUGAAUGAAGAAAUGGGGAAAGAGAUAUGUACACAUAGCUUCUGUUUCCUUCUAAAUCUAUACUGUUAUGCACACCAAGAACAUUAAGGUGAAACUAAAGUCUGGGAUUUACACAGACAGAAGCCCACUGUAGUCAAGAGACAAGUGUGGGAAUUUCAGGGUUCUUUCAGAGCUCGUUUUCAUUUUCUUCAUUGUUGAAACUAGAGUCACCAGUCUGUUUUACCAUUUUUUUUCUGUUUUGUUUUGUUUUCCUAGACAGGGUUUCUCUGUGGUUUUGGAACUAGCUCUUGUAGACCACCUGGUCUGGAACUCACAGAGACCCACCUGCCUCUGCCUCCCGAGUGCUGGGACUAAAGGCGUGCACCACCCCUGGCCGGCUUACCAUUUUAUUUUUAUGAUGAGGCCAUUGGGAGGACUAACCUAGAUUACAGGCUCUAAUACAUUUCUGUGGUAAAAAUGAGACCAUUUAACACUUAUGCCUUAGAAGCACUCCAUAAAGAAGGACCAUGUUCGAAGUGGGUGUAAACUGUCAAAAUUCAUUAGGUACAUACACAAGGGAUGAGCAAAAGCAGAACAUCCAAAUACUAUUCUCCUGAAUGAAAGGGAUAAAGCAGUCAUGGAUAAAAGAGAACUAAGCACCAGUAAGUAUGACCACUAUUAGGAUGAGGAAAGAGGCAGGACAACAGAGAAUUCUUAAUUGUUCAGAGAACCCUGAGAAGCUCUGACCCCUCCCCCACAACCCUGCCAGAAUGUUGGGCCCAAAAGAAUAAGCAAGAUAACAGAUGUCAUGUCCACGGCCUGGAGAGAAUGAAAGAUGAUCUGACUUACAGAACUGGCUGAGUCAUUGCAGACUACAGGGCUCGCCUCCAUGAACAUCAAGGAACUUAAGCAACACUGAAGGAAUCCCUGCACUGUCCAUAACCACCGAGGCCCAGGAGAGAAGGAAGAACAGAGAGAGACAGCCUGAAGACUGUAAGAAUCAAGAUGGACAGCAGCCCACAAGGGACAAGCACAGAUCUGGGUUUCUGAGUCGGGGGAAAAACCUAUCAGGGAGGAGUGCCGCUGAUGGACAUAGAUCCUACAUAACGGUUUCUUUGGGCCAUGUCAGUGGCGGCAUCAGUGAAAGGGAUUACCUCCAUUCUGUCUUCUCUACAGAUAACCAAAGUGGCCUUAAAGGAAGCUAAGAUAACAUCUCACAUUUGGGCUGCCCAGCAGUUGAACUUGGGUCUGAGACUAGUGCCAGGACACCCAUCUGUCAAAAUAGGGAUCUUGGUACUAUUAAUUUUUCUCCCAAGUACAUUCUGUGACAUAGGACCUGUAUAUUACUCUUCUUAUGAAACGGUCAUCCCCAAGAGACUGCCAGUCGAGGGGAGUGAAGAUCCUGGAGGAAGGGUGUCCUACAUGCUGUUGAUACAGGGCCAGCAGCAGCUGCUUCACCUAAAGGUAAAGGGAGACUACUCUGUGAAUAACUUCCCAGUCUACAGUUACCACAAUGGCAUCCUGGAGCAAGAAAUGCCUCUCCUCUCUCAGGACUGCCACUAUGAAGGCUACAUGGAAGGGGUACCAGGCUCUUUUGUUUCUGUCAACAUCUGUUCCGGCCUCAGGGGCAUCCUGAUUAAGGAGGACACAUCCUACAGCAUCGAGCCUAUUCUCUCUUCCAAAGGGUUUGAACACAUUCUGUACACCGUGGGCCUUCAGCCUCAAGCCUCCUGCAGCGUCACUCCCAAAGGCAGUUCAGGGGACACCAGCCAGCAACAAAGGAACGGGAAGCCCGAUGACCCAUGGGAACUGUCUGAUUUGAGGUCACACACCAAGUAUGUGGAGAUGUUUGUCGUGGUCAACCACCAGCGCUUUCAGAUGUGGGGCAGCAGUGUCAACGAGACGGUCGGGGCAGUAGUGGACAUCAUUGCUCUGACCAACAGCUUCACUAGGGGACUAAACACAGAGGUGGUGCUGGUGGGGAUGGAAAUCUGGACAGAGGGGGACCCGAUCGAGGCCCCGGUGGAUCUGCAGGCUACCCUGAGGGAUUUCAACCGCUGGAGACAGGAGAAGCUCGUGGGCCGGCUCAGGCACGAUGUUGCACACUUGAUCGUCGGGCAUCACCCAGGAGAGAACGAGGGCCAGGCGUUUCUCCAUGGUGCCUGUUCAGGCGGGUUUGCAGCAGCUGUGGAGGCCUUCCCUCAUGAAGAUGUCCUGCUGUUUGCGGCGCUUAUGGCCCAUGAGCUGGGGCACAACCUGGGUAUCCAGCACGACCACCAGGCCUGCAUCUGUGACCAUAAGCACUUCUGCCUCAUGCACGAGAAUAUCACCAAGGGCAGUGGCUUCAGCAACUGCAGCUCUGAUGAUUUCUACCGUUUCCUCCAUGACCACAGAGGGGCCUGCCUGCUCGACAGGCCUUGGCACCAAAGCCGUAAGCGCAGAGCGACCCGUUGUGGAAAUGGUGUGGUGGAGGAUUGGGAGCAGUGUGACUGUGGUCCUGCCUGUGACCAUCACCCAUGCUGUGACCCAACCUGUAGACUGAAAUUAGGUGCAGAGUGUAGUGACGGACUCUGCUGCUACAAAUGUCAUGUUAAAAAGAAAGGGGUCUUGUGUCGUCCUGUUGAGGAUGUGUGUGACCUGCCUGAGUACUGUAAUGGCCUUUCUCAAGAAUGUCCUGCAAACAGCUACAAGCAGGAUGGCACGCUGUGUGACAGGAUUUAUUACUGCUCUGGGGGUUGGUGUAAGAACCCUGAUAAGCAAUGCACAAAGAUAUAUGGAUACCCUGCAAGAUCCGCCCCUGACGACUGUUAUAUUUUAAUGAACACCAAAGGGAACCGGUUUGGAAACUGUGGCCAUCCCACCACAGCUAACGCACGAUAUGAAACGUGUUCCGAUGAUGAUGUGUUUUGUGGGAAGCUGAUAUGUACAGAUGUUAGGUACUUGCCGCAAGUCAGACCCCAACACACCUUGCUCCAGGUUCCUUAUGGAGAUGAUUGGUGCUGGAGCAUGGAUGCCUAUAACAUUACUGAUGUCCCUGACUUUGGAGAUGUGCAGAGCGGCACUUACUGUGCCCCAAACAAAGUCUGCAUGGAGUACUACUGUACUGACCACACAGUGCUCCAGUACAACUGCAAGCCAGAGGAGCUGUGUCACGGUAAAGGAGUGUGCAACAAUCUCAGGCAUUGUCACUGUGACGAUGGUUUUGCCCCUCCAGACUGCAACGGCCCAGGAGAUGGGGGCAGUGUGGACAGUGGUCCUGUUGGUAAGCCAGCGGAUCGAAACUUGAGUUUGUUUGUACUUUUUGGCGACAAAACCCAGUCUAAGGCGGACGAUGAGGAGGUAAACAUGAAAGUGGUGGUGCUUGUGGUCCCUAUAUUUCUUGUCCUUUUACUGUGUGCUCUGAUGCUGAUCGCCUACCUCUGGUCCGAAGUACAAGAAGCAGUAUCUCCAGGGAGUUCAUCAUCCUCUUCAACAGAAACCUCAGAGGGUGCAGGCCAGCCCCCUCAAAGGGGAGUUCCAUCUGCGAGGCCUCCACCCAAGUGAGGUUUAUUUAAGGUCUUCUCAUGGAUCACUGAUAUUGAUAUCUUGUAUCUGCAGGGCAAUUUUGACUGACUAAGGGGUUUUCCGGGCAUGCUGCAUCUGCACUGUUUAGUGUAAUGUGUUGUCUGUACUUGUGUUGCUCACCUCAGUAACAACUAUUAUAUCAUGAAUGUUUUUAUGAGAUCUGAAUGUUCUAACUUGCCCUGUCAGCUACUGUUCAUAAAAUAGAGGUCGUUUUAAAUAAAUAUGAGUAAGAAGGCCUUUCCCCCUUCAGACGAAGCAUCA